CCUCCAAAAUUUAGUCACACAUACAACACAAGUCAGCCUAACCACCAGCAGCUACGUUAUUACAGGCCGAGAAACCUGGAAAGUAUCUGGGUCCCUGAGUUUUCAAGUCCCCAACAGUACAUUGGACCAGUGUGUUAACAUAAAGAAGAGCUAUGAGUCAGGCGGAGCAGGUGCCAGAGGACAUGCCUGCAUACCUCAAAGAUGAACCAGAAGCUUCAGACAACAAGGACCACCCACAGACACAGCCGGGCAUGUUUGGCAGGUUGGCAGGGGGCCUGUACGGUGUCACCACAGGAGCUGUAGGAGCGACAGUUAGCGGUAUGUCCUGGUUAGGAGGAAAGAGCCUGGAUUUCACCAAGACUGCUGUGAGCUCUGUAGCUGCUGUUCCCGCGAUAGGAGUGGGGAUAGUCAAAGGGGGAGUGUGCGCUGUAGCUGGAGGAGUAACUGCUGUUGGCUCUGCAGUGGUCAGCAAAGUUCCCAUAGGAGGAGGAGGCAAAAAGAAGGACAAAUCUGACUGAUGUGGAGAAGAGGUGUGUGAACGCACACAGCUGAGGUGUAUGGCUCACACUGUGUUAGCCUGUUUUAACAUUAAUGAGCAGGAAAAGAGCAACAGAGGACUCGAAGGUUCAGUGUACACACAUUUUGGUGAGGGUUUUGUGUUUUUUUCUGUUUGUUUUCAUGUGACUUUUGGUAAAUCUGGGUUCAGUUGAUUAUGUGGCAAGAACCUACACAGCAAGAACUUACAAAGACUCUUUGGCUUUGUUGGUAACACACCAAAUGAUCACCACCUGUGCCUGAAGAUUUUUCAAAUAAAACAUCCAUGUGUCUUUUUGGAUUAUAAGUUAAUACACUGUUUCCAGUGCGAAUGGUUGUUACAUUGGUUUAUAUCAGUACCAGGAAUGAAGUGUUGAUUCCCUUGUUUUACCUGUAAGACAAUCACUGAUGAGUUAAAGGAUGAACUUCAUAAGGAUUUAAAGUAUUUCACACAUUUGGUAAAGUAUUUUUAUUGUAAUUAGCUUCUUUCAGACCCAAAAAUAUGAUAUGAAUAGUAGAUUCAGGUUAAAUAUCCAGACUACCUGCUGGCUCUGGAUUGUGGAUUAUUUUUUUAUAUCUCAUUCUGAAUUCACAUCAUCCUCUGGUGGUUAUUUUCUCACCUGAGUGAAACUGCAAUCAUACUUUGGACACAGAAUCUCAUAAAUAAACAUUUCUACCACA